GCUACCGUUGUUGCCGUCACCGUCGCUACAAGAGACCUGUUCUGUGCGACAUCCAAGCUCAGACCCGCGCAUGGCUGCUGCUGCCACGGCGCAGACAAGCUCACCCUACAGCCAGGAACAAAAGCUUGGCCAUUUUGAAGAAAUAAGUACAUCCAAUGUGUCCAAGAUCACAGCCUUCGAGCAUUCAUCGUGAUCUCUUGACACUGCUCAAGCAAUCGGAGCCGAGGAUUGAUCCUUCAAUUGAUGGUACUCCCACCGCAGGCCGUCUCACGCCUGAGACUAGUCACUAGCAUGAUCUCUGCAUGUCGUUGUGGAGACAUGCGUGCCGGUCAAGCCGCUCACGGUCGGGAGGCCUAUGGUCUGCGGACAUAUCGCACUGCGAGCGGGCACCUGAUGUAACACUCCGGCGACGUAUCGACCGAAGUAUGCAGGAGAAUCCAGGAAACGUCUUUGAUGCUUCGCUUGAUCCUUCAGCCGGAACGUGUUCAGCAGAUGGACGUUGCGUGGCGAUUUGCGCCUAUAUUCCUCGAGGCUAGAUGGAUAUGUAGGCCGUUUCCGGUCUGCUCUCCUACCUUGGUCGUGCUUUUCUGCGAUUCUUAGAUCUUUCUAUUCCAUUGACGCACGUGGCAACGAUCUCUAGGAAGCAGGAAUCGCAUCGCCAUGAGCGACAACAGCCACAUGGAGCGUCUCCAGACGCUUGAUCUCGAACUCGGAGCCACAGAAGCAGUAGUCCAGCACUACGCUCGUCAUGUCGUCGCUACCAAGCCUGUGUCUCAACGCAAACUGAACUUCGAAAGGUCACGACCAAGAUGGCUAAGAGAAUGCAUGGCAGAGGCGACCGGCGUAUUCUUCUACGUCUUUCCUGGCAUCGCAGCCGUCGCAUCGAUGGUCCUCAACAAAGCCAAUCCAGCAUAUGGCAGCUUCUUCGAAGUCGGCUGGGCUUUCGCACUAGGCAUUGCCUUCGCAAUCAUCACCUGCGCUCCAACAUCCGGAGGACAUUUCAACCCAGCCAUCACAAUCUGUUUCGCAGUCUGGCAAGGUUUUCCCUGGAAGAAGGUCCCAUCCUACAUCUUCUCCCAAAUCUUCGGAGCCUUCAUAGCCGGCCUCUUCCUCAUGGGAUUGUACCACCAACAACUCAGCGCCUUCCAAGCCGAACUACGAGCCGCUGGAGAAUCUUCCGUCCCAACAAUGUCCUCAAUCCUCUGCGCCUACCCCUUACCCAACCAAACCAAUCUCGGCUACCUCUUCCUGAUCGAAUUCUUCGUAGACUCUUACAUCGGAAUCAUAAUCUGGGCCUGUUUGGAUCCCGCCAACCCCUUCAUAACCGGAGCUUCCGCCCCUUUCGUGAUAGGUUUGGCAUAUGCUGCUAUGGUAUGGGGAUUCGCACCGAUCACGAUUUCGACGAAUUUGGCGAGGGAUUUGGGGACGAGGAUUGUGGCUGCGAUUUUUUAUGGUGGGGAGGCGUUUUCUUAUCAUGAGUAUAGUUGGAUUGCGAUUUUGGUCAAUGUUCCGGCUACGCUGUUUGCUACGGGGUAUUAUGAGUUUUUGAUGAGGGAUAGUUUGGCGAAGAUUGGGAAGGGUGCUGCGAGGCAUGAGCAUGGAGAGGAGGGGUUGGGACUGCAUUUGACGAAGAGCGGAAUUAGUAGGGUGAGGACUGAGGGGAACUUUAAGCCUGGCAGCAGUUCUACGAGUGAGCAUGAGAAGGUAUAGGAGGGAAUGCCGAAUCCUCUACGAUCAUGUGAAGCGCCUGCAUCCUCACAAGGCCAUGUUAUAUUCCAUCGAAAUACAGCUCGGCGUUUGCCAAAGCG